AUCCGGAACUGGAUUUUGCUUCGGAUCCUUGACUGACGAUUUGUUUUGUUCAUCCCUGAGACGCGACAACCAGUGUACGCCAGCUGAUAUUGGGUAUAUGUGAAAUAUAUUACGCGCGGGGAAGGAAAUAUUUUAAAUCGACAGAAUCGUUCACUUGCUUAAUAAAGUGUAGGCUGUAGCCUGUUUCAGGUGCGUGGAAUCAGCUGGUUAAGUGGAACAGAGAAACAGAUCACUACUACAUCAGAGUAGUCCGAGGACUGUCAGUUUGACGUCAGUGCCGAGACCUCGAUAAUGGACAAACUGACAGCAUUGUCUGGGAUACUGUUCUUCACGGCCGAUGUCUUUGCUAUUGGAAGUCUCGCCAAUCCUGACUGGAUUGUAACCAGUGUUGCUGGCAAUAUGAGACUUGGUCUCACUCGACAAUGUCAAAUGAUUCAUGGGCGGCCAGAAAUCUGCACAUCACCCCGACUAUCAACCGAGUGGAUGUUUUCAUUUGUCUGUAUCGUGGGAGGGAUUCUGUGCCUGACUGCCACAUGUGCUCUGCUAUUUGCCUCCCACUGGCGGAGGGCCACAGUUCGCUACUCAAGAUGGUUAGCAUUCAUUGGGAUGACUUUGUUUUGCCUGGCCGCCAUUGUGUUCCCGGUGGGUUUCCAUAUCGACGAGAUCGGCGGUCAACCCUACAAGCUGCCUAAUCAUACGCAAGUCGGAUCAUCAUAUGUUCUCUUCAUCAUGGCCAUCUUCUUCACCAUUAUCUCCGAACUCUUCACAGGGAAGGUGUGCCUUCCAGUUCUGUGACCAUCACUCAGAACAGUGCUGGGUUUUUUAACAGGGCUGUUUGGAGUUAGGUUAUGAUAAACAGUAAACAAAAGACAGUGAUCUGAGACAUAACGUUGUUAUUAUGGGGUAAUGGAGGCAAUGACAUGGAAUCUCAGUUUUACAUGUCUUGCCACAAUGAUAAUUACAUGACUGUGACAUGCAACAUAUAUUACAGUUGAAUCUCAUGUCUCAGUUGUUUAAAUGUAUCGUUUAUCUUAUAAUUGUCCAUAGACUCAGUGUUAUAUAACAAUGGCAGUCCCACUGUGUUAAUACUCUUGUUCCCCUGAUGACGAAAGUCUGACUGUAACAAAUUACAUUUUUCAUAAAAACAUGGCUGCUGAAGAGAAACAUCAAAAUACAGCAGACGAGGACACGUCACUAGAAGCAGACAUGACUGGUCUCCUCUACCCUGUCAGGGUGCAACAUGUUCAUACUCCUUGUUCCCUGUCCUGGGAUCUGCUGAUGGCUUAGCACCAAACCAGUGAUCAUGAGGCAGGACCAAAUUAUUAUGCUUUUCUGAAACACAGGGACCAUGAAUUGUUUUCAAAGGGAUCACUGUCAUCAAGCACUGUUCAGGAUAUAAAGUAUAAAUGCCAGUAACUGUUGAUGAUUUAGGAUGUGUCAGAAUGUCCUGCGAGUCAGAACAGGUCUAAUGUAGAAUCUGUCGCUGUUUUCAGAGAUCUAAUGUAGGAUCUUUGACUGUGUUCAUGUGUCUAAUGUAGGAUCUUUUACUGUGUUCAUGGGUCUAAUGUAGGAUCUCUUACUGUGUUCAUGGGUCUAAUGUAGGAUCUCUUACUGUGUUUAUGUGUCUAAUGUAGGAUCUCUUACUGUGUUCAUGGGUGUAAUGUAGGAUCUCUUACUGUGUUUAGGCAUGUAAUCCAGGAUCUCUUCUGUAUAUGGGGAUCUUCUGUUGGAUUUUUCUUGCUGGUACAUGGUUUGGUGGCCUAUGGCUGGGUUACUUACGUUGUUUCAGAAAGUCAUACAUCUCAAGUCAGAUGCACUCCCCAGAGGCACUUCUAAACAGUGUCAUUUACCCUGAGGUGUUGUAUUGGCAUUUUAAUACUAAGUAAAUGAGACCAGUUCACUACAUAUGACCACACAGGUGCAUGCUUUGUGUUAAAUUAUAUUUUUGUUACAUUUAUUCAGCAAGGUGAGUUAUCUGUGCUCAUUGACAUAAUCUGAUAACAACUUUUGAAUAUAUUCAACUAUUUUUAUUGUUCCCCAUCCUUGUAUGUAGGAGGUUGACUGUCUCAUCUUAAUGUGUCUUCCAACCUGCUCAACCGCCUCCAUGUUCUAGUGUAGAGAGCGUCUGGAAACAGAAGGACAGGGGCUCCACCCUAUUUGUGUCAGACCAAAAGACAUUAAAAGAAGGUACUUGUUGUCACCCUGUCUGAUGUUCAGCAUUAAGUAAAUAAAACCAAGGACUGGUCA